CCGGAAGUGAAAGAAAACACUCCAACACGAAGCCGUGCCUCAGCUGAUCCUUGUCAAUAAAACAUUGACCACUGAAGAAUUGGACGGAAUUUAAAGCUUUUCAUUCACACUCUCCUUGCUUUUGGGAGCUUGGGUGAUCUUUUAGGUUCGAAGAAAGCUCAGCAUCUGCUUGUUCCAAGAUGAACGUCACUCUCGCUGUCAAACAGUAUGUCUCGAAAAUGAUCGAGAGCAGCGGGCCAGGCAUGAAGGUUCUGCUGAUGGAUAAAGAGACGACCAGCAUCGUCAGUGUCGUCUACACUCAGUCAGAGAUCUUACAGAAGGAAGUCUACCUUUUUGAACGCAUUGAUUCACAGAAUCGAGACAGCAUGAAGCAUCUCAAGGCUAUUUGCUACCUUCGACCAACUAAGGAGAAUGUGGAGCAUCUGAUUCAAGAGCUGCGGCGGCCAAAAUACAGUGUCUACUUCAUCUACUUCAGUAACGUCAUCAGUAAGAGUGAGGUGAAAGCCCUAGCGGAAGCUGAUGAACAAGAGGUGGUGGCAGAGAUGCAGGAGUUCUAUGGGGACUUCAUUGCUGUGAACCCUCACGUGUUCUCUCUCAACCUCAGCGGAGUAGCCAGAGGUCGUAGCUGGGAGCCUAGUAUGCUUGGUCGUACCACCCAGGGACUGACGUCAGUUUUGUUGGCCCUGAAGAAAUGCCCCAUGAUCCGCUACCAGCUGUCCUCAGACAUGGCCAAGAGGCUUGCAGAGUCUGUGAAGCAAAUUAUUACCAAGGAGUACGAGCUGUUUGACUUUAGAAAGACAGAAGUGCCUCCACUGCUGCUCAUUCUGGACCGGAAUGAUGACGCCAUCACCCCUCUCCUCAACCAGUGGACAUAUCAGGCCAUGGUGCACGAGCUCCUGGGCUUGAACAACAACCGCAUAGAUUUGUCCAGAGUUCCAGGCAUCAGCAAAGACCUGCGAGAGGUUGUGCUCUCCGCAGAAAACGAUGAGUUCUAUGCCAAUAAUUUGUACUUGAACUUUGGUGAGAUUGGAACCAACAUCAGGAACCUGAUGGAGGACUUUCAAAAGAAGAAGCCCAAAGGCCAGCAGAAACUGGAGUCCAUUACCGACAUGAAGGCCUUCGUAGAAAACUACCCUCAGUUUAAGAAGAUGUCGGGCCACGUGUCCAAGCACGUGACGGUGGUGGGCGAGCUGUCACGGCUGGUGAGCGAGCGCUGCCUGAUGGAGGUGUCCGAGGUGGAGCAGGAGCUGGCCUGCCAGAACGACCACAGCAACGCGCAACAGAUGGUGCGUCGUCUGCUGCAGCACCCGCGGGUGUGUGACCUGGACGCCGCGCGGCUGGUCAUGCUCUACGCCCUGCGCUACGAGAAGCACAGCAACAACAUCCUGUCCUCGCUCAUGGACGACCUGCAGCGCAAGGGUGUGUCGGAGCGCAACCGCAAGAUGAUUCAGUCCGUGGUGGAGUACGGAGGCAAGCGAGUGAGAGGAAGUGACCUCAUCACCCCCACAGACGCUGUGGCCAUCACUAAGCAGUUCUUCAAAGGGCUCAAGGGAGUUGAGAAUGUGUACACUCAGCACCAGCCCUUGCUGCAUGACACUCUGGACCAGCUGAUUAAAGGUCGACUGAAGGACAGCCAGUUCCCAUACCUGGGGCCGAGCUCCCUCAGAGACCGCCCACAGGACAUCAUCGUGUUCAUCAUCGGCGGAGCCACCUAUGAAGAGGCCCUGGCCGUGUACAACCUGAACCGCACCAUGCCUGGCGUCCGCAUCGUGCUGGGGGGCACCACCAUCCACAACACCACCAGCUUCCUGGAGGAAGUGAGGUCGGCAAGCAGUGGAGGCCAGAGUGGACACCCACAAGGAAUGGGUCGUAACCCGAACCGACGUUGACACACACACACACACACACACACACACACACACACACACACACGUUCGUUUCUGAGCUGAAUCCCUUCACUCAUAGACAUUCCUCUCUGAUCUCAGACAUGGGUACUCUGACUAUGGAUAUGAACUUUCUCUGCUCACACUCAACACUCCUCCAACUACAAUAUCUGUUGUAUUCACAGCCUCAAAUCACCUCCAUCCAUCCAUCCACCAGAUAAAGAAAAAAAAGCUGAAUUUUGGAGUAGAAUUAGAGUCAAGUGAAACAAACCCACCAUUUCUUUUGAUAACCUUACAAAGUAACUGUAACCUGUUCAAAUAAAUCAGUACACACACACACACACACACACACACACACACACACACACACACACACACACACACACCCAACUAUCCAACACCAUACCACCUUUACUGUUACUGAACAAGUUAUUCAACCUGUUACACCACACAGAUGAUGUCUUGCAUGCCUUGAUUUCUCUCCUAUUUGCUUGGGAGACUUUGUCAUCUCAAAAGAAGUACUGCCUCCGUUAUGAUACUUAUAAGCUUAAAGGGGCACAUCCAACACUUCCACAAGGUCAUGGCAGACAAGGCUCACUGUAUGACUUGGUUGGUAAACAGUUAUUGCUUUUAUUUGUGUUUUCUUUUAUCAGUUUUACACAAGAACAAAAUCAUGCAAAUGGUGACCUGUGAUUCUCAAUAGUCUUGUGGGGGAGGCCAUCUUAACUGGAUAACUGAUGCACUACAGAGUUGAUCUAAUCGGAGUCCAUUUUAAAUAACUACUGCUGUAAGGACCCCAUGUACAUGUUUUUUUUUUUUUCUUUUGUUUAUUUGUUUUUCCUCCUAAGGAUGUGUGUACAUUUCUGUGUAUACCUUUUUUUCCCGGUGCUUUUGUACAGUUUAUCAUGCAUAUUGUCUUGCAGGAAAUAAAUCUUUACUGUGAGUAUUUUA